CUGUCGAAGAACAGGAGAAGGGAUAGGGGCCCCGGUGAGGGUGGCCGUAGGACUCGCGGGGGCUUCGCGCCUGGCAAGCGGCGGGCCAGCCCCUCCAUCUCUGUAUCAGGAUUCAGGCCUCCCUCCCUGACAUGGAGAGUAACCUGUCUGGCCUGGUGCCUGCUGCUGGUCUGGUGCCUGCGCUGCCACCGGCCGUGACCCUGGGGCUGACUGCGGCCUACACCACUCUGUACGCCCUGCUCUUCUUCUCCGUCUAUGCCCAGCUGUGGCUGGUGCUCCUGUAUGGGCACAAGCGUCUCAGCUAUCAGACGGUGUUCCUGGCACUCUGUCUGCUCUGGGCUGCUCUGCGUACCACCCUCUUCUCCUUCUACUUCCGAGAUACACCCCGAGCCAACCGCCUGGGGCCCUUGCCCUUUUGGCUUCUCUACUGCUGCCCUGUCUGCCUGCAGUUCUUCACACUGACGCUCAUGAACCUCUACUUUGCCCAGGUGGUGUUCAAGGCCAAGGCGAAGCGUCGGCCAGAGAUGAGCCGAGGCUUGCUGGCUGUCCGAGGGGCCUUCGUGGGGGCCUCGCUGCUCUUUCUGCUGGUGAAUGUGCUGUGUGCUGUGCUGUCCCGCCGGCGUCGGGCGCAGCCCUGGGCCCUCCUGCUGGUGCGUGUCCUGGUGAGCGACUCCCUGUUUGUUAUCUGCGCGCUCUCUCUUGCUGCCUGCCUCUGCCUGGUUGCCCGGCGGGCGCCCUCCACCAGCAUCUACCUGGAGGCCAAGGGGACCAGUGUGUGCCAGGCAGCUGCGAUGGGCGGUGCCAUGGUCCUGCUGUAUGCCAGUCGAGCCUGCUACAACCUGGCAGCCCUGGCCUUGGCUCCCCGGAGCCGGCUGGACGCCUUUGAUUAUGACUGGUACAACGUCUCUGACCAGGCGGACCUGGUGAAUGACCUGGGGAACAAAGGCUACCUGGUGUUUGGCCUCAUACUCUUUGUGUGGGAACUGCUGCCCACCACCCUGCUGGUGGGCUUCUUCCGGGUGCACCGGCCUCUGCAGGACCUGAGCACCAGCCGCAUCCUCAACGGGCAGGUCUUUGGCUCCCGUUCCUAUUUCUUUGACCGGGCCGGGCACUGCGAGGAGGAGAGCUGCUCCUGGGAACAUGGCCAGGGCGAGAGCACCAGCAUGUCCGGCAGUCUAGGCUCCGGCAGCUGGUAUGGCGCCAUCGGGCGGGAGCCAGGCUGGUACGGGGGCAGCCAGACGCGGACCACUCCUCUGCUCUUCUCCCAGGUGCUGGGCCCUGGCAGCCACCACCACAGUCUCUAUUCCACUCCACAGACGUGAUCCCCCUCCACCUCUCCCCAGAACACCCAGACCCCGGUCCCUCCCACCCCAGACCCCUGUGCCAAGUUCAACUGCUGCUUCUUGCUCAGAAUCCCAGGGCCGUGGCCACCUCCUCCCCUGGCCGGCUCCUUGCUACUUCCCUUGCAGUGAGUUUGUGCCGGCCCCCGGGGUGGGGGGGCAUGGCCCU